CAAAUAUCAAGGGCGGAAAACACGCUUCAGACGCACGUGGCUUUUAGACGGGAGCGAUCAGAAUUCGGUUCUCUUGGGUGGCGCGCGCAUACCGCAUCUGGGUAGCUUGCCUUUUGCUCUCACCGCCGAAUCCCGGCUCUCUCUUUGACGCUUCGCUCCUUGUCCUUCCCCACCACCACACCAGACAUGCCCAGAGAACUCCCGGGGCUCUACUUCGACACCGUCCGCCAGCGCUACUUUCCGCUCGCCCAGCGUCCGGCAGGCGCGACGACGACCACGACCACCGCGACGACAGCUACCAGCGCGCCACGUCAGCCGCAGCAGCACAAGCCCGAGCAGCAGCAGUCCCCGCGCGCCGCACUCAAGCGUAGACGCGCGCCUCUCUGGGACUCGUCGCGCGCUUUGAGAAACGCGCGCUCCUUUGCCGAGCGCGAACGCGCCGUGCACAACGCACAGUGCUUUGAGUACGCACACACCUCCGUCGUCGAGCAAUGCAAGAUCCCCGUCUUCCAUCCCAUACGCUCAUUCUGCAGCACCACAUGGGGCGGCCAGCGAUACAGCUUCAUUGGAGAUAGCGCCGGCUGGCUCUACUCCCAGGGCAAGUACGCAUGGGAGAUAGAGCUCAAUAUCCACCCGAGGACGGAGAUAUCGUCUAUAUGCGCCUCGGGAUCCCUCUGCGUUGCUACUUCCUCCGGCCCCUCAACGAAAAUAUCCGUCCAAGACCUCAGUACGGCGGGAAGAACGUCGCUCCUGACGCUCAAUAACGUCUACGACGUCCGCUGUAGUCACCUGUCCGGCUCCUCGCUCGUUCUCGGCGCGGCGAAGCAAGCUGUUUACCUACCCGACAUCGCGAAUCCGACCUUCCAAUAUCUGCCUACGCAUAGCGAUGUAUACGCUGUUGAGCGGGAGCAGGACCUCAUCUACACCGGUGCGCGUAAUGGGAGCAUACACCGCUUCGACAUGCGCAUGCAUAAGCCGACCGGCGACCUCCUCUUCCCCGACCGCGAACCGAGCAACGUCGUCAACCUUCGCGUCAUCCGCGAGACACAGCUGCUUGUGAACCAUCGCAAUGGCUUGAUCGCCGCCUACGACCUCCGCUUCCCGCGUGAGUCGACGCCCGUGAUGACCUACGCCGGGCAGGUCCCAAGCCACUACACGCUUGGCUUCGCCGUCGACCCCGCGCAGGACUUCGUCUUCGCCGCGGGCGACGACCGCCGCAUCCGCGCGUGGUCCCUGCGCUACGGCGAGCUGCUCGACCCGGGCCCGGGGCAGAAGGCGGGCGGGGAAGACGACGAUGGCUGCGCUCGUGGGCACGCGCGCAUUGGCUACGACGACCUGGAGGAGAUGCCCAUCGACGUCCCGACGGGCGAGCUGCCCGUGCGUGCGCGGGGGAAUCCGUUCCGGACGGUGUUCCCAGACCGGGUGGCGACGAUGCAGGUGGCGGAGGAGGAGACGGGCGAGCGGGUGCUGUGGGCGACGAGCGCGGGGGUGUUGUAUCGGUAUGGGCUGGGGCAGAGGUAUGUGGGGUAACAUCCGCGGAUGAUCUCUGCACACUGGCUUCGUCUUGUUCGUCGCCUGCGCGUGCGUCUGUUCGUCCUUCUCUUUCCGCACGCAACGCAACUCUUGUCAGUCCUCACUGGACCUAUUUAACGUACACUAAGACCGCACUUGCGCAUAGUAUUGAUACUGCAUAAUAACCUCCCAUCCCCAACAGCGUUCGUUGUAUAUAUGUACUACUUAUUGUGGACCGCAUUGGCCAGCGCGCAGAUCCUGGUCAAAGACGCUGGCGCCCAUACACGUAGACUUUUUCGAGCUUUUACCUGUCUGUAGCGAUGCAGAUGGAUUUUUUGGCCAGAUUAUCAGAGGCUUAACCUGUAUGAAGAUGAAUCGUAUAGCGUACAGUUCAUUCCACCGGAAAACUUGUCA